UGCAGUGUGCGUGUCUAGUAGUCACAUUAUCACGGUAGAGCUCCGGCUCCGCUCUCUCUGCAGUCAUGAUCCUGGAGCGAUUAAUCGAGGACUCCACGGAGUUACUGGAUCAAGAGUGGAUCAACAGCCCCAUGAAUCUUGGAUACUUCUAUGGCGGCUCUCCCAGCUCGGACACUGCGACCUCUCCUUCUCACUCCAUCUCCUCUGGCCCCUGCUCCCCUACGUCUGACAGCGAGGGCAGCCUGAGCGCCUCCUGGCCCCGCACUAAGAAGGCUGGACAAGCCAGUGCGGCAGGACGUCCGCCAAAGGGAAGCUUUCAGGGGGUUCGAGUAAAGAAUUCAGUGCGGGAGCUCCUUACCCAGAUGAGAAAUAAGACAGGCCAGGAAAUAGAUGAUUUCCAGAAAUGCAGAAGCCAAGAUCCUUACACUGAACUAAAGAACAUAUUGAGCCAGAAACGGGCCAAUGAUUUCAUAUUGGAUGCACCAGCUGCAAAGAAAGUCUGCAUCUACCAGUCCAGUUCUUUCUUGACCCCACCAAGUACUCCAAACCCUGGUGAAAUCAUGGAUGAUGCCACAAAAAAUGAGAUGAGUGGAGACUCGGCCUUAGACCUGCUGAGUUUAAUAAACAUAAAGAAUGAGUCCCAGCCGGUGUCCUUAAACACCGUACGAGUAGACUGGAACAUGCAUACACAAGGACAGUAUUAUCAGCAAGCAGCUCAGAGCUUCUCGCCUCCUCAGGCGUUCAAUGGCUCGUCUCCACAGCAUACAAAUGAUCAGUACCAGAUUGGAGUCCCUCAGAAUGUUUCUCCACAGUGUGCUGGAGACUAUAACACUUACACUCAGUCUGAAGAUUAUCAAGAGAUCCUUUGUUCCAAUGAUGUCUUUAACAGUUGCUCCAUAGACAGCUACCUGUCUCUUAUUGAAUCCACCCCUGCCGAGUCAGUCCUUCCAGGCUUCAGCUUGCCUGCAGAUCCUCCUUGCAAUCAGUUUUUAAAUCCUAAUGUCGCCCAGCCAACUCCAAAUGUUUCCCCGCCAGCAUCGUGCCAUGUAGAGGUCAAUCAGACAAGCCCAUUUCAGGUUGGAAAAUCAUUCUUUCAGUGGCAGAUAGAACAAGAAGAAAAGAAACUGGCAAAUGUGUCUCCUGAGCAACUUCUCUCUAAAGAUGCAGAUGGUGAUACAUACCUCCACAUUGCAGUUGCACAAGGAAGACGAGCCCUGUCUUAUGUCAUUGCACAGAAGAUGGCUUCCGUCCAUAUGUUAGAUAUAAAAGAACAUAACAAUCAGAGUGCCUUGCAAGUAGCUGUAGCUGCCGACCAACACCUGAUUGUUCAAGACUUGGUCAGCCUUGGAGCACAAGUCAGCACUACAGAUCACUGGGGACGUACACCGAUCCAUGUGUGUGCUGAAAAAGGAUACUCUCAAGUGCUGCAGGCAAUCCAAAAAAGCGCAGCAGCUAUCAAUCAGAACCUGGAUGUGGACGUGACUAAUUAUGAUGGUCUGACACCAUUGCAUUGUGCUGUAAUUGCUCACAAUGCUAUUGUUCAGAGACUGCAGUUUGGUGCACCUGCAAGAGAUGAUCUACUGAUGAAGAAUAAGGCCAUGGUCGACACAGUUAAGACUCUUCUUCAAAUGGGAGCUUCAGUAGAAUCAAGAGAUCGAAAAAGUGGAAGAACGGCCCUCCACUUAGCUUGUGAAGAAGCGAACCUUGAACUGAUGAGUCUUUUCUUGGAGUUGCCAAACAGUUUGCAUUUCAUUAAUGCUAAGACCUACAAUGGAAACACGGCAUUACAUGUUGCAGCAAGCCUACAGAGUAGAAGAGCCCAUGUAGGGGCUGUACGACUGCUGAUGAGGAAGGGGGCUGACCCUAGUGCUAGGAACCUAGAGAAUGAGCAACCUGUGCACCUUGUUCCGGAUGGAGCAGUAGGCGAAGAGAUUAGACGGGUUCUGAAAGGAAAAGCAAUGCAGCAACGUUCACCGUCGUAUUAGGCUCCAUUUUUAGACUCACGCCAGUUAGGCUGUCUUUAUUAUGUAAAUAGGUUUGUCCAAAGUAAUGGGCAAAUGGAAGUUUGUUUCUAUGAAACUGUAUGCAAUUGUUCACUAUUAUAUAGUGACCCUAAUUCAUCCCAGCAAUAAAGUCCCGGUUCUUCUUUUUCUCGUUCCUUUAGUGAAUUUGGAGCGAUAUCUCUUCAUCUUGUAUUUUCUUUAUGUAACCAGCAACAUAUAAACUAGUUCUGGGGGCUGUAAACAUGUGCAACCCCCAUUUUAACGCUGGUCAUUUUAUUUAUUUUUUACUCUGGAUAAAGAUUAUUUUAGUAAGACUGGUAUUAUUUAUUAAUAUUUAGUUUGCAAAUUGAUUUGUGUUUUCAGAAUUAGUUGGAAAUAUGAUGUGCCUACAAUUAAGGGCUAUAGUUCUACAGCAUAAAACACAUGGCUUAGUUGGUAUGCACAUGAUAAGUAUAUAGUUGACUUUAGUUUUUUCUUUUUCAGUAAGACUUCAUGCCCACAACCGUAUUUUCAGUCCCCUUCUGAACCCCAUUUUGCAGAUCACAUACAAACUUGUUUAUUUGUAUGGGACCAUAACAAAUGCAGACAGCAUAUGGAUGUGAUCCAUGUGCUUUCUGUAUCUACGCGUCAGAGCUGAAAAUUAUAGAACAUGUUUUAUUCCUAUCUGUUUUACGGACAAGAAUAGGCAUUUCAACAACGGGGCCCACGGAAAGUGAGGGCAGCACGCGGCCGGUAACCGCAUUUUGUGGACUGCAAAAUUGACAUGACUAUGUCCAUAAAACCUAAAACUCAUUGCAUAUUUAUCUGUUUUAUGAUUGAUCAAGCAUAUAUUAUAUGGUACUGAAGUAUAAUAAUGUAGUUAUAUCUAUAAAGUUAGACUUUUAAUGAAAUCUAAUAAGUAUUCAAGGUUUUACUCUAUUUUUACUUGUGUUAUCUUAAUAUCUAUUAUAAGCAUAAGCAUAAAAUAUUAUUGUUCAACGUAUUGUUUUAUCAAUUUAUAGAUGAAAUGAUUUAAGUUUAUCGUAUGUCUUGUAGACAAAUAUUGUAAUGUGUAUUU